AAACCUUUCGAGCUUCCUAUUAAAUUGGCCAAGCACUGAAGGCAUUUAUUUCCACAGCUGAAUGAUUUGUUCAGUGGCUACCAUGGUUGCUGCGAAAUUUCUGUCAAACCCCAUUUCAGUUGCAGCUUUAUUGCUGCUGAUUUCCAUUGUUGUUCGGCAGAUUCUAACUCGAAAGCAGAGGAAGAAGAAAUAUCAUCCAAUUGCUGGCACUGUCUUUCACCAGCUCCUCAAUUUCCACCGAUUGCAUGAUUACAUGACUGAUCUUGCUCGAAAGCAUAAAACGUAUAGGCUUCUUGGGCUCUUCAGGAAUGAGAUUUAUACUUCUGACCCACCGAAUGUGGAGUAUAUACUCAGAACCAACUUCGAGAAUUUUGGCAAGGGGUCACAUAACCACAGAAUUCUCAGGGAUCUUCUUGGUGAUGGAAUUUUCACAGUUGAUGGAGAGAAGUGGCGUCAGCAGAGAAAGAUUUCAAGCUAUGAGUUCUCUACAAGAGUUCUGAGGGAAUAUAGCAGUGUCAUCUUUCGGAGAUCUGCAGUUAAGCUAGCUAAGAUCGUCUCCGAAGCUUCUACUUCGGGUCAAGCAAUUGAUAUUCAAGAUCUGUUUAUGAAAUCAACUCUAGAUUCAAUAUUCCAUGUCUCAUUUGGAAUUGAUCUAGAUAGCUUGCAUGGAGUAAAUGAAGAAACGGGCAAGUUUUGCAAUGCUUUUGAAGCAUCAAGUACAAUGACACUAUGGCGAUAUGUUGAUGUAGCUUGGCCACUCAAGAAGAUUCUGAAUAUUGGGUCAGAAGCUACCUUAAAAGAAAACAUAAAGAUUGUUGAUGAGUACAUAUAUAAGCUCAUUCACAACACACUCGAACAGAGACAAAAGUUAUGCGACAAAACUUCGAUGAGAAGAGAGAACAUAGUUUCGAGGUUUCUGCAAGCGGAAACAACCGAUCCGAAGUAUCUAAGAGAUAUUAUUCUUAAUUUUGUCAUAGCUGGAAAGGACACAACAGCAGUUACCCUUGCUUGGUUCAUUUACAUGCUUUGCAAGCAUCCAGCAGUGCAGGAAAGAGUUGCUAAAGAGAUCAAGGAAGUGACGAACGUUGAAGACGUUACCGAUUUUGCACAGUUUGCUGCAAGAUUGACUGAAGAAUCUCUAGAGAAGAUGCAGUUUCUUACUGCAACUAUUAAUGAAACUCUGAGACUCUAUCCUGCUGUUCCAGUGGAUGCGAAGAUUUGUUUUUCUGAUGAUACACUACCAGAUGGAUUCAGUGUAAGGAAAGGAGAUAUGGUGUCGUACCAGCCAUAUGCAAUGGGUAGGAUGAAAUUCAUAUGGGGUGAUGAUGCCGAGGAAUUUCGACCAGAGAGAUGGUUAGAUGGAGAUGGUAAUGUCCAGCCUCAGAGCCCUUUCAAAUUUACAGCCUUUCAGGCUGGGCCACGCAUUUGCAUGGGAAAAGAGUUUGCUUACAGGCAGAUAAAGAUUAUGCUAUCUGUAUUAGUGGGCAGUUUUAAGUUCAAAAUGAGUGAUGAGAAGAAAAUUGUGAAAUAUCAACCAAUGAUCAAUCUUCUCAUAAAAGGAGGCCUGCAAGUUUGUGCCAUUCCUAGAUCUCCCAACCACUUCAAUUCCUAAACCUCCAAGGUAUUAUCAACUUUGGCACCUCAUUUCUUUUCCUUAUGUAACCUCUAAAAUAAGAUGGAUAUCAUGUUUGUAAUCGUCGUGGGAUCAAAAUUUUAAUCUAUAUUUACAGUUUUAAUAAUAUGAAUAUGAGCAUCACAUCCCUA